GUAUUUAUCUGCAUGACAACAACAUGACUUGAUUAUGGGAAGUUCUUCUUCCAAGUUCCGUAAGCAUCUGAGUAAUGGGGACGAGUAUGCUGCUCUCAAUCAGUAUAACAACAGUAGUGAGCUCCGUAAGGCUCUGGAUCCUAACUCUUCCUACGGUGACUCACAUAAUCAUGAGACACCACUACAUUAUGCCUCCAAAUUUGCUAUGAAAAGCUUGUUAAGAAUAUUUUUGUCUGAACACAAUGGAAAUCCGAACAAAACAAAUGGUAUGAAACAGACCUGUCUUCACUGUGUGUGUAUGGAGAAGGCAGAACACUCUCAGGUUUAUCCUGUAAUGAAGAGGAGAGCCGAAUGUCUCGCCAUGCUACUGAAAUGGCGUGGAGCCAGACUGGAGGAUAAUGAAACAGAAAGAGUCAACUUGGGGGCUCAGGAUGAGGAACAGAACACAGCUUUACAUUAUGCUGCCCUGUCUGGACUUAAACAAUGUGUAGAGAUGUUGGUUCAGCACGGAGCACCAUUAUUUCAGGAGAACUGUGACAAUCAGACUCCAUGUGACAGUGCAGAAAAAGGGGGACAUGCUGAUAUUGCCUUGUACCUAGAAUCCAAGAUGGUCUUCUCUGCGGACGGACCAGAAUUAGAUGACGAGGACAUGUAUAUAAUGCCAGACUCUGAGGAGUACAAUGGACUGAGAGCCCAAGAUUUACAGGAGGCCAAGGACCAGCUGCUGGUAGAAACAGCAGACAUGCUGAGUGUCCCGUUGUUUACAGCUGAGGCACUUCUCAGGAAUCACGAAUGGUCCAGGGAGAUAUUAUUAGAGGCAUGGAUGACAGAUCCUAAAGCUUGCUGUGAGAAGUCGGGUGUUAUACCCCCUCCUUCAGUGUUUUCUGAACAACCACAUGUCCAGCAUUCACUGUCAUCCAUAGAACCAACAAUGACCAGUCAGCAUGACGUUGAGUGUGAUAUUUGUACCUCAAGUUUUAUCACCAAUGAGGAUCCAGUACAAAUGGCCUGUCUUCAUCAGUUCUGUAAAGAUUGCUGGCAAAUAUAUUUAGACCUGAAGAUACAGGAAGGUGAGGCCCACAACAUAACCUGUCCUGCUUAUGACUGUAUGAAACUGGUAUCUGUAGAAGUUAUAGAGAGUGUUGUGUCUAGAGCUAUGGCCAGGAGAUACCUACAGUUUGAUAUCAAGGCCUUUGUUGAGAGUAACCCUAACAUUAAAUGGUGUCCUUUCCCAGGAUGUGGACAAGCUGUUAAGAUGCCAGAGACUUGCAUUAAGUUGCCAAGUGACACAUCUAAAGCAGUGGAUUGUGGGAAGGGUCAUCUUUUCUGCUGGGAGUGCCUGGGUGAAGCGCAUGAACCAGCAAGUUGUGAAAACUGGAAGAAAUGGUACAACAAGAUAUCAGAGAUCAGACCUGAAGAAUUAAGAACUACAGAGGAAGAGACGGAGAAUGCAGCUAAUUGUCUUUGGCUGGUUACUAAUUCCAAGUCUUGUCCUAACUGUAAAUCUCCAAUACAAAAGAAUGAAGGUUGUAACCAUAUGAAAUGUUGUAAGUGUAAAUAUGACUUCUGUUGGGUGUGCCUUGACCCCUGGAAGAGACAUAAUUCCAGUACUGGUGGAUAUUUUAAAUGUAACAGAUAUGAAGCAGUCAAAGUCGUCAAUGAAAAAGUCAAUAAAGCACAAACUGAGGCUGAAGACCACAAUACAAGCAUGCAGGAAUUAAAUAAAUUUGUACAUUACUACACUCGGUUUAAAAAUCAUGAGAAUAGUUAUAAGUUAGAAGAGCCAUUACUUAGUACAACUAAGAAUAAGAUGAUGAAGUUGGCUGAGGCUGUGACAGACAUUGCAACAGCUAAUGCAGAGACCAAGUUUGUAGAGGAUGCUGUACAUCAACUGUUAAAGGCUAGACGUGUACUCAAAUGUUCUUAUGUGUAUGGAUAUUAUCUGGAUGGACCAGGGUACAAGAAAAUUGUUUUUGAAUUCAUGCAGACAGAGUUAGAAGAAUGUACAGAGAUAUUGUCACAGAUGGUCAACCGACUUUAUUUACGUACUCCACGUAAACGAAUUAUAGAGCAGGCACAGAUUGUCCAACGUAAACGUCAGGAGUUCCUGUCGGCUAUUAUGAAGGGACUGGUUCCCCCUGAAACACCACCAGGGCUGAGAAAACAGAGGAGAAGGAAAUACAGCAUGGAUUUUGAAGAUGAUGAACUCCGAUCAGCUGUUCUAGCCUCCAUACAAGACGUAGACCCAGCUAAUCCAUGGAUAAAAGAUGCCUCAGGACGUCACACCAACGUUACAGCCAUGUUGGAUUGGCCUGACAGUGAUGACAGUGACACUGAUGUAACUACUAUCAAAAAACUUCAUGGUACAUGUUCAAGGAAGGGUUGCAGCAGAACUCGUGUGAAAAACCCAAGGACAGGCGAUUGGCAUGCGUACUGUAGCAGGGCAUGUAUGCAAGCAGACCAGAUACAGGCCUCUCAGGAACAGGAAGAGUCACAAGCAGAAGUAGUAGUAGAUGAACAGAUGGAUUUAUUAAGAGCUUUAGAGAUGUCCAGAUUAUUGUAUCUACAGGAACAAGGAAUUCUGUUUGAUCAACAAAGCAGAGACAGUGUUUUGAUUGGAGCACAGACCCCUGAGGAAUCAGAAGAUAAAAAGUUGAAAUAUGUUGGUACCACACAUGAUGAGCAGAGAUCCACUGAAUUAAGAGAUACUGUCCAAGGUGUUCCGAACAAAACUGUUGAGGAUGUCCACCAUAGUGACUGUAUUGACUGUCGUACCGUUCAGAAAUUAUUGGCUGACACAGGAAUUGGUGACCUUGACCUUGGACCAGAAUAUAUGUUAGAUCUAGAAACAAGUGACCAUACAAACAAUAUGCCAGACGAAUUGUUAGGGGCAUGUGCUGCUGAAGUAAGCCCUGAUCAUGGACAUCAAUCUAGCCCUGCACAUGGCAUUUCUAAUGAUUUGACAAUCGUUGAUUUUGAUGGUGCUUCUACAAAUAAUAAAACUUUCCCCACAGGUGGCGCUUUUGGAAUUAUAAAAAAUCUCUCGGCAUCAAAUAUAGACUUUGGGGAAGACAACAAAACAAAAACUUUCUCCACAAAACCAAAAAUCACAAAUACAAUAGCAAACAAUACAGGAGAUUUGUUGCCUAAAACUAGCAAUAUAUGUUGGUCCAACCUUAGCAGACAGAAAAAACAGAGCAAUCAUGACAGACAAUAUAUGGAGUUUGAACUGGCUGACCAAGCUUCUGGUGGCCAGACAGGAGAAGAUAACUCUUUAAAACCUUCACAAGUAAACCAGAACAAUUUCGACCUACAACUCUCCUUGAAACAGUUCAUGAACGAGCUCACUUUACAUGGUUGUGAAGAAUUCGAGAAUAAACCCUCAGAAGAUCAAGAAGGCAAAACAAGGGAGACAACAAAUUUAGAUUUACCUAUGUUGAAUGUUAAGGGAGAUAACUCAGAUCUUUCUUUAGAUUUAGACAUGUCAGUUAAAAGUGGAUAUGACCCUUCUAUUAAACUUUCAAGUGAUGAACCAGGACCAAAUCAUACAGCAAAUCUAGAACUAACUGCAGAUCCAGAUUUAACUGCUGAUCUGGAAUUAACGUCAGAUCUGGAAUUUGACGAUGAUAUGCACGAAGCAGAAACAGUAGUUACAAACUUUCUCAAUGCACAAAUGUUAAAAAAUUUUACACUUGAAGCUCAAGUUGAAGAUUUUCAGGAAAUUAACAACCUCCCUUCUCCUGGUGCCUCUGUAGAUCCAUCAUUUUUAAACCAGACAGAUGAUCCAAGUCGUACAGAUUCUACAGUAGAAUCUGUAAGUGAAAUUGGUGAUGAUAGUAAUAUCCAGAACAGUUCCGGAAUGGAAGAGAAUGAUUGUGACGAUAAGUCAACAUUUGUGUAAAGUUAUUGCAUUUAUUUAUUGUACUUCAGACUUUGGACAUGUUGUAAUUUAAAGCUUAAGAUAACUUUGUUUAACAGCGAUCAUAAGACUAUAAAUAGCUUCAAUCCGUUUAGUAAUCCAAUUUAAAGUCAAGUUAUGGAACAAUGUAUUACAGUUAAACUUAUUAAAACUGAAUCUUUUGAAGAUUGGGUAAAUAGUCAGUUAGACAGGUGAUUGAUUUCAUUGAUUGUCAUGAUAUUAAAGUUUAGCUUGGAACAGAUUUAGUUUGUUUUUAAAAUGUCAUAUUAGACGAGUUUCUACAUAUUUCAAUUUUGAUAGAAAAAUUCAUUGUUACAGGUUUACAUAAAAUGACAGAAAUUAAGAUGUUAUUCCUGUUGAAUGUUAGAUAACCUGUUAGAGUUCUAUUACAGCUUAUAUAUAAUAUAAUUGGCUGAACUGUAAAUUAAAAUCUUUGCUGCAUAAUUUUAGUUCCAUACUCUAUAAGUUUUUAUGAUACAAAGGAAAAUCAGAUUUUAAAUAGCUUUGAAUUCUGGAUCAACCCUUUUCUAUCAGUGUCCAAGUGCCUCACAGUACCAACUAAGGAAUAUGACAAUAAUUUUCAAAUGAUCUAAUUUAAAGAAAUUUCUAUUUAAGCCAAUUAAUAUGAACAUUUGACUUUUUUAAUGGCAUUGCUCAUGUUGAUGUUUAUUUAGGAUAUUUGUUAUUGGUCAGUCUUCAUUUGUAUCAAAUGAUAAUUUUAAAAUGCAUUUUCAAUUUAAAAGAGAUAAUAGCACACUUGACCAAAGCAGCCAUUUUGAAAUGAUUUUCCUGGAUGUCAUAAGUGAUUUAAUGCCUAUGAUAAGUCACAUUUGGCUUAUUUCACAAAAAUUGUAUUUGAAAAAACUCCACACAUUAUCUGUUUUUCUCUAUAUCAUAACAUUCAUAAUUGAGGGAUUGAGCAAUCAUGUCCAGUCUACCUUUGUUGUUUCAGCAAUAUUAGCUAUAUUGCCUUCUAAUAAUAUCUGUAAUGCCUUCAUAUCAAAUUACAUGCAAUAUAUUGUAGAAUGCUUUAGCAUGGAGUAAACUUUUAGUGAUCAUUUUACAGUCCAUUUUGUUUGUUUCACACAUUUGAAUUAAAGUUUCUAGGUUAGAUUUUUUAUCAAAGGAAACUUUUUUGUAUUUGCUUCAUAAAAACUUAAUUCUGAAAGAAUUAAGAGGGUAAACCUUUUUUAAAAUGUUUGUAAAUUUACUUUUACAAGAUAAAAUGCAAGCAUGAUUAUAAGGUUUAUGGAUGACAAAGAGAAACAUAAAGAAUUGAAAGAACUUUUCAUGAAAAGUUUUGUUGGAAGAUAAAGCACCUUGUCAUCUGUCACCUCUGUGACUCAUUAAAGGUCUGCUUCUUUUUUAUUAUUCAUUUUAUGAGACGGAAAACUGCCAAUAUUCGGCUUAGAUUAAUGAAAAGAUAUUUUUAAAAUAUUUGUAGUUAACCUUUGUCAGUGGUAAGUCAUCGUUUUUGAAGAAUUGGAUAAUCUUUGAAUAAUAUUUGUUUUGUGACCAGAUAUAAGCCAUGUAAGAAUAUAGAUAUACAACUGAUUACAAGUCAGCGGCUCUUUUCACAAAAAAACUUAAAGAGUAAAAAUACUUGUAAGUCAUACACAUUUCAGUAUAACUUACGAUCAAUUUUAAUCGUAAGAUUUUUUGUGAAAAGAGUCGCAGAUGUUUACUAUUACAAAGUACAUUGAACAUAGAUAAAGUUACAGGUUUGUUCCGACAUGUCAUUUGAUUUAAGGGUAACAAUCUAAGGGAGGGAACUCUUUAUUGCCAUUCUCUAUUUCAAAUUGAUCUCUUUUUGUCUGUGUUUGUUUUUUAUAUAGAGGAUCUUUUAAAAAAACUGUAGUUAGUUUUGAUAGUUUAUUUAGAAAAAUUGUUUAGUUGUUAUAAUUUUAUUAGAACUCCACAAAGAAAGCCAAGUUUGAGAUGUUUUAUUUUUUGAAGAUUAAUAUCAGGUAAAAACAUAUUUGUCUGUUUUCUAUUGCCAUAAUAAUAAAGUUGGAAAUUGCAUUUUUUUAUCUAUUUAUUUUGAUUUUUUUUAUAUCAAUAAAAUUGAAAAAAUUGGAUAAUUUCUCAUAGAGAUAUCUGAAUUUGAACUACACAUCUAGUACUUCAAUCAAUGAUAGGACAAUGUUUUUUCUUGAUUUUGGUCAAUUUUGUGACAAUUUAGAAUUUUUCCUAAAUAAGUCAGUGGAAAUAGGAUCAUCAGGCCAUGGAACAACACAAAAAAGUUAUUAAAAAAUUUAUUACAGAGUCAUUAAAGUAUUAUAGGGUCAAUGUCAAACUUUAGUAAUAACUAAUUAAUUGAAAAGAACUACACAUAUAUCUAAAUUUGAUCAUUUCAUUACAAUCUAGACUUAAUCAGAUGCCAUUCAAAAUGGGAAAAUAUACCUACUUUAAAUCUAACUUGGAGUACUGUCUAUUAAUAAUGAACAUAUAUUUUUAGUAAAUUCCAAAGAAACCUCCCAAUAUAUCUAAGUUUGUUUUAUUUUGUUGUUGGGUUGCUUUCUCAUUGUUAUAUAUCAACAUCUCAUUUUGCUGAUUUUUUAAAUAUUUUAUUUCAAAUAUUGAGUUUUAAGUUGGGAAAUUCAUUUGAAUAUUUUCCAAAUAUAUAAGAAAGCUUUUUGUAUGUAGAAUAAUUUGUAAUAACAAGCUUGUAAGAACUUUUUUAUGUAUUUAAACAUAAGUGUUUAACGAUUUUUUUUUACUUUUAAUUUGUCAUGUCAAAGUAUCUGAGGUUUGUGCUUAUUGAUAACAAGUUGUAGUGAAUAUUUUUUAUAAGUUUUAAAGUUUUCUAGAGAAUUGAUUUUUGUAACUUUUUUGAAAGAGUGCCAUUUUCAAGAAUAAGUACUAGGGUCAUUGAAAAAAAAUCUUUUAUUCAAGUUUUAUCUUGUUUUAUAGUAUGAGCUGUAUUUCUGUUCAGUUUUCUUCUUUGCUUGUUCUCAAAUAGUGUGACAAGAGUUGUUGUUAUUUUCCUAUUUUACGUACAAUCAUUGUGAAGCCUAUCCUUUACAAUCAUGGACACCAUUGUUUCAAUUUGUUAAACUGUUCUGUUUGCCUUACGUUCAUUAUCAAAGUGGACUUAAACACUUAAAAACUGAUGCAAGACAUCUUUUUUAUACAUUUGAAUUAUUUGUAGUCUGACACUUUUGUUUCCAAAAAUGUCCAAAAAUUGUAGAUUCAAAAGAAUGUUUAUAAUAAAGGCGGGCCUUAAGAAACAGUAAUUUUUUAUUUACCUAAAGCUUCAAUGUGUGUAGGAUUUUAUAAAAUACUUAAUUUGUAAAUUGUGUCAUUUUCUAUCAACAUACAGUAUCCACCUCAUGUAUAACUGAUGGUAAUUUAACACCCCAGCAGAGCAAUAGUUUAUAGCCAUAUUUCUUUGACUUUAUGAGAAGAGAUCUUUUUUUCUGGUUUCACAUUCAAACUCAUAGUUUUUGUAUACUAACAAAAAUUAACAUGUGACCACAGCUCAAUUACAUCAUUUGAUGUAUUUUCAUUGAUCUUCAAGGUUUUAAUUUAUUAUGUAUUAAAUCCAUUUUUACUUUCAUGGUGAUUAAUUCUGUUUUGUAAACCAUCUGUCAAAGUAAAUUUAUAUUUUCACCCGAGGAAUGAAAUUUAGUAAUAAAGAAUAUCGUAACAUAUUUACAUACACAGAGUUUACUGUGAAUUCAGAAAUAUGUGCUUUUAUAAAUGUGAAAAUGCAACAGGAUGAAAUUCACAAUAUUAAAACAUUGUUUUUAAUUUUACUUGCAGACCUACAAUAAUCUGAAGAUUUGAAAAUUUUUCUGCUGAAGUUCAGGCCUCACAAAUGACACAUCUUUAUCGAUGUUUGUCAGUGUUAAUUUUUCAAUUUAAACUACGUACAAUUUUUUUUCAUUGAUAAGGUCAUGGCCAAUGUACAUUAUUAUGAUUUCUUCUUCUACCAAGAUAAAUAUGGAACCUUGGUUUUUUGUCUCACCUUGACGGAGUCAAAAAGCGAGACGUAGGUAGGCUGUUUCCGACGUUGAAGGCGACUGCGGCGGCGUCAACAAUGUAUUAGUUUGUUAUUAGGUCUAGUUCAUGGUGAACCACUAUUGGUAGGUCAAUGAUAUUUGGUAUGCAGUUGUAUUAGCAUUGGCACAUCUGAUUACCAUAGAGAUUAUUUGGGGCCCGCCCCCUCAGUCAAGGUCUAUUGACUUUGAAACUUUUCAUAGUUUACAUGUAUUAGUUUGUGAUUAGGUCAAUUUAUGGGGAACCACUAGUGGUAGGUCAAUGAUGUUUGGUAUGCAGUUGUAAAAGCAUUGGCAUAUCUCAUUUCCAUGGAGAUUAUUUGGCCCCGCCCCCUUAGUCAUGGUCUAUAGACUUUGUGAAAAUUUUGCUAAGUUAACAUGUAUUAGUUUGUGAUUAGGUCAGUUCAAGGGGAACCAUUAGUGGUAGGCCAAUGUUAAUUGGUGUUCAGUUGUAUAAGCAUUAACACAUCUCAUUUCCAUGGAGAAUAUUUGGCCCUGCCCCCUCAGUCAUGGUCUAUUUACUUUGAAACUUUUGCUUAGUUUACAUGUAUUAGUUUGUGAUUAGAUCAGUUUAAGAUGAACUGCUAAUGUUAAGUCAAUGAUAUUUGGUAUGCAAAUUUAUUGGCAUUUGCAAGUAUCGUUUCCAUGGAGAUUAUAUAGCCCCACCCCUGAUAAUGGUUCAUUGACUUUGAAACUUUUACAUAGUUUACAAGUUAAUGUUUUUGUUUAGGUUUGUUUAAAGGGAAUGACUUAUAAUAAGUCAAUGGUAUUUGGUAUGCAGUUGUAUUAGCAUUGGCACAUCUCAUUCCAUGGAGAUUAUUUAGCCAUGUACCUUCAGUCAUGGUUCAUCGACUUUGAAUAUUUGCAUAACUUACAUGUUAAAGUAUUGCUAUUUUAAUUUCAACAUUUGCGUUAUCAAAAUUGCAAAAAGGCGAGAUAUAUCUCUGUGAUAACAGUUUAUUUCAUUUUGAAAAUAUAAUGUUGUUAUAGUUUUGCACACCUGCAUCACAGAUGUUACUUAUCAAAAUAAAUAAAUAAAUAAAUGGGUUUUCAGGGAAGGAUACAUCAACAUGCAUAUAUUUUAGGAAUGACUGUAAUAUUUUUUCUGUCUAUGAAGAAAUAACAUAAAAAAUGUGGUGCACACUGAAUAACCUGCGUAGUGGGUUAUUUUAAAGUGUGCACCACAUUUUUGAUAUGAUUUCGAAUAGACAGAAAAUAUAUUACAGUCAUUCCUUACAAUUUAAUUCUAAAGUCAAUUUUAAGCCGGAGUAAAUCAUGAAAAAAUGAUGAUGACAUCACGGUCACAUGACAAAAUUAUGUCUAUGAGCUGAUAGACAAAACACCCUCAACCAAUCAGAAGACAUGUUAUAUCCAAAAUUAAAUUAAUUGUAUAUAAAACUCUUAGAUCUAAUAAAUUGGUUGUUUAAGACUGACCAUAAUUGUAUACACAUUAUAAUCUGAUUUUACAUUUCAUAAUUUCUAUUUAUAGAACAAGUCACAUGGUGUAUAUUUGUUACUGGAUAUUUAUUUGUUUACAUAUGAGAUUAUUCGUUGUGUUCUUAUUAUUUUUAGCUUAAAGCACCAAGUUAUAUUUGUAUGCACAAAGUAUAAUUAUAUAUUUUUAUAUCAUUCAUCAGAGCCGUAUAUUAUGUUUCUCAUAGAUGAAAAUGAUAACUACAUUGUACAAGAGCUUUUUCCUGUUCUUUACUAACAUUUUCCACUGGUCUCUCAGUUUGCCAUCAGAAUAAUCAUUUUGUCGUGAAACUCAUUUUUUACCAUUUGAUUUUUUUUUAUCUGAAAACAUUUUUUCCAGACAUUAAAGCAGACUUUAAAUAAUAUUGAAAAAUAUGACACAAUAAAAUAAGAUUACUCAGUUUGUUGUAGUAGUGAUGUUAGCUCUUGUUUGAUUUUUUUUACAAUUAAAACACUGUAAUACAUGUUAAGAUAUUCUAUUUAAAUAUUUUGAUACAUUAACUUUUAUUGAAACCAAAAAAUUUUGCUAGGAAUCAGAUAAAAAAAAUUGUAUUAAAAUUCUCCAUGUUAUAAUGUUGUAAUGUUAACUAUCUCAUCCUUUAUCUUACCUGUCAACUUGUAACUAUCACUCAUAUAUAAAGUAGGAUGCAGAGAGAUUGUUGUGAUUGCUUAACAAAUGAUAAUGAAAUGCUUUUAAAUUGUUAAAAAUGUAUACACCUAAUACUGGAUUAUGGUUCAUUAUCACAUUUUUACAGGAAUCACUGAAUUUUGUGAUUGAGUUAUUAAAUCAUGUUAUUUGAUAAUUUAAAAGUUAAAAAAAACCACUUAUCUCAAUGAAUGAAAGUUGUAGAAAAUUAAUUUACAUGAGUAUCUAUUUUCAUUCCAGGUUUUCUAAGCAUCAAUAUUUGAUAGAUACCAGUAUGUUUGUUUGUUUCUAAAUUCUUAUGUACAAAAAUGCCCUGCAUCUUUUUUCUAUAAAUGCACAGCCAAUUUUUUUUAUAUAAGAUAAGGACCAGUUUUAGACUGAGGAAUGAUUUUGCUAUUUAUUGUUGUUUUAUUUAUAAUGUUUGAGAAGCUUAACAAAUUGAUGUGUAUUAGAUCUAAAUAAAUACUAUAUUGCUA